AUGGUGCAAGUACAUUUUGAUAUCAUCUUAUUAUCAACCAACCUAAAAUCUCUCAAUGGCCUCAACUUCUGCAGAUAGAAGACUUGAAGGAAAGGUUGCCCUUGUAACGGGCGGCACUAAUAUAAUUGGCGAGCCAAUUGUAAAGCACUUCUUGAAACAUGGAGCAAAGGUUGCGUUUGCGGACAUCGACGACGAGCUCGGCGAGAAACUUUGCCAGGAUUUGGACCCUGCCGCCGCCGUCUACUUCCACUGCGACGUUGUAGAGGAAUCCGACGUUGAAAGUGCGGUGGACGCCACCAUGGCCAAGUUCGGGAAGCUGGAUAUCAUGGUGAACGCAGCGGCGAUGCUGGGAGUGACGAUGCCCAGCAUCCUCCAGAACGACAAGUCCGACUUUGAGCAGGUGAUGAGUGUGAACGUGGUGGGCACUUUCCUCGGGACGAAGCACGCCGCGCGGGCGAUGAUCCCCAACGGCGCCGGCUCCAUCAUCAACCUCAGCAGCGUGGCGUCCACCAUGGCGGGGACCACGCCCCACUCCUACACCUGCUCCAAGCACGCGGUGGUGGGGCUGACGAAAAACACGGCGGUGGAGCUGGGACGGUGCGGGAUUCGGGUCAACUGCGUUUCUCCGUUCAUCCUGUCCAACCCGGUGGGGAUGAAGGCUCUGGGGUUGACAUGCGAUGAGGAUCUCAAGAAGCUUUACAACAACCUCAAAGGGGCGGUGCUGAAGGCGGAAGACGUGGCGGAGGCGGUGCUGUACUUGGCCGCCGACGAGUCCAAGUAUGUGAACGGGCAUAACCUGGUCGUUGAUGGAGGUUUUAGUGCCAUGAAUUCCACUCUAUGCAUCUUCCCACCAAAGUAACUUCAUUUCAUGUUCCGGCGGACAAUUCACUCUCAUCUUUUUCAAUAAUGUCGUUUUUAAUUAAAAAGUAUGAUUUUGGCACAAGUAGUUUAAAUCGUUCAUAGUCGAUCAAUACCUAACUCUUGUUCAUAGUUGAUCAAUAUGUGACUCUUAGUAGAAGUAAACUUUAAAGCUUGGGAUUCUGAAGUCAAAACUUGAACAAUUUGACUAGAUUGUCCAAUGUUUUUUGCUUUAUGAAUUAUUUAUGAUGUGUGUUUUUUUACUUU